UGGAAAACAAUAAGCAGAGAAAAAAAAUGUGUCCCAUCUCACAUGGUUCUACCCUACUAGAGACAGGAAGAUCAUAUACUGACAGAUAUUGAAAUUGUAAGAGUUGGAAACUACAUUUUGCAAAGUCAUUGAACUCCGAGCUCAGUUGCAGUACUCGGGAAGCCAUGCAGGAUGAAGAUGGAUACGUCACCUUAAAUAUUAAAACUCGAAAACCAGCUCUCAUCUCUGUUGACUCUGCUUCCUCCUCCUGGUGGCGUGUGAUGGCUUUGAUUCUGAUGAUCCUGUGUGUGGGGAUGGUUGUCGGGCUGGUGGCUCUGGGGAUUUGGUCUGUCAUGCAGCACAAUUACCUACAAGAUGAGAAUGAAAAUCGCACAGGAACUCUACAACAAUUAGCAAAGCGUUUCUGCCAAUAUGUAAUAAAACAAUCAGAACUAAAGGGCGCUGUCAAAGGUCAUAAAUGCAGCCCUUGUGACACAAACUGGAGAUACUAUGGAGAUAACUGCUAUGGGUUCUUCAGGCACAACUUAACAUGGAAAGAGAGUAAGCAGUACUGCACUGACUUGAAUGCUACUCUACUGAAGAUUGACAACCAUAACAUUCUGGAAUACAUCAAAGCCAGGACUGGUUUAAUUCGUUGGGUCGGAUUAUCUCGCCAGAAGUCCAAUGAGGUCUGGAAGUGGGAGGAUGGCUCGGUUCUCUCAGAAAAUAUAGUCUUGCUCUGUUGCCCAAGAUGGAGUGUAGUGGUGCAAUUUCAGCUCACGGUAGCCUCCACCUCCUGGAUUCAAGCGACUCUCCUGCCUCAGCCACCCAAGUAGCUGGGAUUACAUGCUGUGUCUUCUUUUUACAUCAAAGGGGAAGGGCAGUACAUACACAUGCUUCCCAAGACUCCCAAUCCAAUGAGCAUCAGAAGGCACAGAAGGGUCAGAAACAAGGCUGCUGGACGCCAUACAUGAGAGGGAGCUGGAGGUGCUGUGGAGAGCAAAAUUAACAGAGAG